CAACAGGGCGCAAUACUUUUCCAUCUUCGAAAUAUAUCUAUUUGCCUUGGGGAUUCAACAAUUCCUUCAUCCCCCUUGAUACUCCAUACCCUCCUUUGCGAGAGUCCUGUUAUACCAUUCACGCUCCUUUAUGCUCACUACCAAAGACAAGACGACAGAGUCUCCUUCCAUAGUCCAAGAAUCGCGCCUUUUUUCUCUGUUAUAUCCACUCCCGCUUUGCACAGAGGAGCUGAAAGGAAACUCUCGGUUCGUACUGUGAGGAUGCGCGAAUAGCCAUUUCAAAGGUUUCUACCCGCCGUAGCGACCUUUUUGCGAUACCUGCGGGAAAUUCAACAAAGCUCGAAACGAGAGAGGCGCGAAAUACAUUCGUUGCGCAAACGAAACUUUUUUGCCUUAUUCUUCACCUAACGCUACGCAAUGCGUAAACAAUACUGGAUACCAUGCGCUCUCUUCGCCUUCCAAACACCAACAAUUACAGCCAUUUCUCUAGAAGACAUUCAACCGAUACAAUCAUUCCCUCCGCCAUGUACAGAAGUCUACACUUCCGAGAUUAGCAAUUGCACAGUCGACGAUUUCUCAACAGGCGCUUGCUCAGCAGCAUGUGUUGAGAGUCUGGAAUUUCUUACAGUUUCGCUGAAUAAAAAUUGCGUAGGCUCACAGGCACUAUCAGCGACCCUCAUCGGGCUAUUUUUUCAGGGGCUGGGUGUACAGACUCUUUGCCCCGCUGCUGCAGAGGGGCAAGAUCAGAACCUCACUUCAGCCCUUCCCUCAAAUACUCCUCCUGAGACAGAUACCAGGCGUCCGGGGACUACGCAAACACAGACGGAAGAGCCAGUCACAACACGAACGUUUACUGUGCAUCUCACCACUACUAGCGAAACAACAACUACCCUCUCGUCUCCUACCCCAAGCGAUUCGCAGACAUUAUCCCCACCACCCCCAACAACGGCAUCCAAUCCCGAGCCAACGCAAACGACUUUAAAGCCGUCUGCCACUAAAACCAAGGACCCGAAUAAGGACCCCUUUGGCGGCUUCGGGAACGCAAAUGAUAUCAUUGCUCCCAACCGGGCGGCGUCGACAAGCCAAUCCCUAAAUACGGUGAUGGGCAUUGCUGGAGUAGCGAUACUAUUAUCUAUGCAACUUGCAUGAAAAACGGUGUACCUACAGCAUCCUUGUUUGGCGGGGAGGGAUGUAAGUAUAGAUACCGAGAUAUAUAUUUACAUGUCAUGCACCACCAAAAAUGGCCCAUGAACUUAAGAGGGGGGAUAAGUGAAAUAUACGGUUAAUUAUAUUUUAAUUCUUUAUAUAUUGUUCGUCUAUAUAAGGAUCGUUUUAAUGGGCACAUUAUCAUUUUUAAUUUUGGAAUUCAGGCGUGGCUGUGCCGGGGAACGAAGAGCUGCAGGCUAUUUUGGGCAUGAUGGAAUUAGAGAGGGUACAGGCUAUCAGUACGGCGAAACAAUGAUCAUAUAUAUUCAAUAUUCAUGUUUGUGUGAUUUAGGAUACCCUAUUUCUUAUUUGCAUCU